AUGUCAAGCACUCCGCCAUCGAGCCGCGCCGAUGAGGUGCAAAAUCUUCUGAAAGCCGUCCAGGACCUUCUCAUUCCAUUCGUUCGAUCCGCGGAGGAAAAUGUUCCACAAACGAACGGCGUCAAUGGACAUGCAAAGCACGCAGGCUCAGCGCUAGUGGAAUACAAGAAACCCGAGGAGUUGCGCGAUAUCCUCCAGCUCGAGAUUCCGGAGCAAGGCAGACAACAAGAAGGCCUGAUUGAGGUCCUUCAAAAGGUCCUGAAAUACUCGGUCAACACUUGGCACCAGGGAUUCAUGGAUAAACUGUAUGCAUCGACCAAUGCGCCGGGUGUUGCAGCGGAGCUUAUUCUAGCCACCUUGAACACCAAUGUCCACGUCUACCAGGUCUCACCUGCACUGACCGUCAUUGAGAAAUAUACAGGCCAGCGGCUGGCGAAUAUGUUUGGCUUGACCGGGCCGCGAGCUGGAGGUAUUUCCGUGCAGGGUGGGUCAGCUUCGAACACCACUUCCAUUGUGAUUGCGCGCAACAAUCUCUACCCCAAGACGAAGACGAAUGGAAAUGGUGAUUACAAGUUCGUGUUGUUCACCAGUGCACAUGGCCAUUACAGCGUAGAAAAGGCGGCACAGAUGCUGGGUUUCGGUAGCAAUGCCGCCUGGGCUGUUCCUAUCGAUAAGCAGGGUCGAAUGAUUCCCUCGGAGCUGGAGAGGCUGGUACAGAAGGCUCAGAGCGAGGGUCGGACCCCGUUCUAUGUCAAUGCUACCGCAGGUACUACUGUCUUCGGCUCUUUCGACCCCUUUGAGGAUAUUUCUGCCAUUUGCCAGAAGUAUAACAUGUGGUUCCACAUCGACGGAUCCUGGGGUGGUUCAUUCGUCUUCUCGCGUCAACAGAAACACAAGUUGGCCGGUGCUGAUAAGGCAAACAGUAUUGCUAUCAACCCGCACAAGAUGAUCGGCGUUCCGGUGACUUGCUCAUACCUCUUGGCAGCAGACAUGCGCCAAUUCCAUCGCGCCAACACCCUCCCCGCAGGCUACCUCUUUCACAACGAAGACACCGCGGCCGCUGAGGACGGUAACGCAUCGGAGCUGGGAAUUGAGUCGCCAGAGGUGUGGGAUCUUGCGGAUUUGACUUUGCAGUGCGGCCGACGGGCCGAUUCUCUCAAACUCUUCCUGGGUUGGACCUACUACGGAACCGAGGGCUAUGAGCAGCAGAUCGACAAUGCGUGCGCAGUUGCCGCGCACCUGGCUACACUUGUGGAGAAUAAUCCCAACUUCAUUUUGAUUAGCGAGCACCCUCCUCCUUGUUUGCAGGUAUGCUUCUACUACGCCCCUGGCAAGGAGUAUGUCUAUCCUCGAGGUGUGGUCUCAAAUGAUACUCUCGAGGCUCAGCGCGCGAAGAACAAUAGCCAGGUUACCGCGCAGAUCACACAUGCUAUUGUUUCCAAGGGCUUCAUGAUCGACUUCGCUCCUCCCAGCUGUGACAAGGAUGCAGUUGGGAACGGCAAAUUUUUCCGCUGCGUGGUUAAUGUCUCGACCUCAAAGGAGACGGUUGAGUCUCUCGUGAGCUGCAUUGAGGAGGUUGGUCCUGCUAUUGUUGAUGCGCUGAAAUCUAGCACUCCGGUGGUCCCCCAGAGGCGUCCUGGGGAGCACGGACAUGGUCCUGUCGUGCACCGUGCAUGA